GAUCAAAUCAAACGCUUAUCGAAUCAGCUCGUAGUACCAUAUUGGCGUCUGUUACAACGUAACCGAAAAGUGAUGUAUGCAAGACCACAGAUGUCGUUAAUCGCUUUUGCGGAUUCAACUCGACCGUUAUUUAUGCGAACGGAGCGUUCUUAUCCUUACAAUUUUGAUGAAUGA